AUGCGUGUUUUAACAGCCCGAGCACAAUGCUUUAUGUUACUAGAACAUUUAUUGAUACUACCAUUAAAAUUAUGUCUGAUUACAAGCUCUUUCUACGACGACAUGCAAGCGAUUAAAUGUGUCGUCGUUGGAGAUGGUGCCGUGGGUAAAACGUGCCUUCUAAUCAGUUAUACGACAAAUGCUUUUCCGGGCGAAUAUAUUCCAACAGUUUUUGAUAAUUAUUCGGCCAAUGUUAUGGUCGAUGGAAAACCAAUCAAUCUGGGUUUGUGGGAUACUGCCGGUCAGGAAGAUUACGAUAGAUUACGACCACUCAGUUAUCCACAAACCGAUGUCUUUUUAAUAUGCUUUUCACUGGUAAAUCCGGCUUCUUUCGAAAAUGUGCGUGCGAAAUGGUAUCCUGAAGUUUCGCAUCAUUGCCCAAAUGCACCAAUCAUAUUGGUGGGGACAAAAUUAGACUUAAGGGAAGAUAAUGAAACCGUUGAAAGACUCCGUGAAAGGCGUUUAGCUCCGAUCAGUUAUUUGCAAGGAUUGUCAAUGUCAAAGGAGAUUAAUGCUGUGAAGUAUUUGGAGUGUUCGGCAUUAUCUCAAAAGGGAUUGAAGCAGGUAUUCGAUGAAGCAAUUCGAGCUGUUCUAAUUCCUCCGCCGAAACCUAAGCGGUCAAGGAAAUGUACAAUACUUUGA